GAGAUUAAAGGAGGAAAGUCAGCGAGCUUAAACACAGGCGUCCCGUGUGGAAGUGUCCAAGGAGACCGCCAGAAGUGCGCAAGCCGGAGUCUGCGAGAGUUUCCUUCUCACCGAGAGGGGGAGCCCCUCGUUCCCAGCCGGGAGCGACCCGGAGUCCCGAGCCCCUCGUCCCAGCCGCCGCCAGCGCCAGUUUUGGAUUCAGCGGAUUAGGAAGAGGAGGGAGGGACGGGGGAGAGGGCGCGAAGAGGGAGGGGACCGAGGCUGGAGGGUCCCGAGUCCAGCGCCGUGUUGACGUAGAGAAACUUUCCCUCUCGGCCACGGAGACGGCUCCCCGGCCGUGCUGGAGCGGAGAUCGCCGGGCUCGGAGGACCCGGCAGCUCUCCACGCCCCUGCCCGAAGCCUGACCCGACUGCAUCUCUCAGUGAGUUGUUUGUGAUUCCAUCUGACAUACAUAGGAGAGACAGAGAUAGAAGAAUUCUGAUGGCAACUGUAUGAUAGAAGCUAUAUAAAGUCAAGUGUCCAUUUUCAUUCAACUAUAUUUGAGCAUAACCUGUUGUUAAAUUGAUGUCUUUAUGGAGGAGAUGAUUGGUGGAGCCUUCUAUUCUGCCUUCUUGUUCUGCCUCCCAAAGGAUAUAAGACGUGGAACUGAACAUUUAUUUGGCUGAUCCUCAUCAUGAACCGUGCUUUUAGCAGGAAGAAAGAUAAAACAUGGAUGCAUACACCUGAAGCUUUAUCAAAACAUUUCAUUCCCUAUAAUGCAAAGUUUCUUGGCAGUACAGAAGUGGAACAGCCAAAAGGAACAGAAGUUGUGAGAGAUGCUGUAAGGAAACUAAAGUUUGCAAGACAUAUCAAGAAAUCUGAAGGUCAGAAAAUUCCUAAAGUGGAGUUGCAAAUAUCAAUUUAUGGAGUAAAAAUUCUAGAACCCAAAACAAAGGAAGUUCAACACAAUUGCCAGCUUCAUAGAAUAUCUUUUUGUGCAGAUGAUAAAACUGAUAAGAGGAUAUUCACUUUCAUAUGCAAAGAUUCUGAGUCAAAUAAACAUUUGUGUUAUGUAUUUGACAGUGAAAAGUGUGCUGAAGAGAUCACUUUAACAAUUGGCCAAGCAUUUGACCUGGCAUACAGGAAAUUUCUAGAAUCAGGAGGAAAAGAUGUUGAAACAAGAAAACAGAUCGCAGGGUUACAAAAAAGAAGCAGCAGAAGCAGCAGAUGCUGGAUCCAAGAUUUAGAAACAGAGAAUAUGGAACUUAAAAAUAAAGUACAAGAUUUGGAAAACCAACUAAGAAUAACUCAAGUAUCAACACCUCCACUGCUGCACAAAAUGUCUGGUCGUGAGCAACAUGGGUUUCAGAGAUGCUCAUCCUCUUUCUGGCGUAGUAGUGGUGAUUCAUCUCCCUGUCUCAAUAUUUCUUCCAUCUCUGUCACUCCUGUCAACUUGCCUGAUUCAAGACUAUCACUUGGAAUGUUAAUACCACCACCUUCUAAAUGUGGCUUUCCCAAGCCAGUCAGUGAGAGCAGCAUCCCAAGACCUCAUGUAGGCAGUAUGGCACCUAAGUCGCCCUCCACUGACAUCUUUGAUAUGAUUCCAUUUUCUCCAACAUCCCACCAGUCUUCGAUACCUACUCGCAAUGGCACACAGCCACCUCCAGUGCCUAGUAGAUCUUCUGAGAUUAAACGGGACCUGUUUGGAGCAGAACCUUUUGACCCAUUUAACUGUGGAGCAGCAGAUUUCCCUCCAGAUAUUCAAUCAAAAUUAGAUGAGAUGCAGCGCCAGAGAUGGAGGGGUUCAAAAUGGGACUAACUCUUGAAGGCACAGUAUUUUGUCUCGACCCAUUAGACAGUAGGUGCUGAUGUCAAGAACAAGAAAUCCUGACUCAUGUUAAAUGUGUUUAUAUACACGUCAUUUAUUAUUACUUUAAGAUAGGUAUUAUUCAUGUGCCAAUAUGUUUUUGAAUAUUUUCAUGUUUUGAAAAUUAUUUCAGUUAAAUUUCCUCACCCUCACUAUUGAUCUGUAAUUUUUAUUUUAAAAACAACUUCCUGUAAAGUAGAUCAUACUUUUAUGUUCCUUUCUGUUUCUAUUGUAGAUGAAUUAUAAUUGAAAGACAUAUUAUACAAAUAUCUGCCUUGUGUCUGGGUUCCAUAUAGUUAGCAUCUUGAGAUUUUGUAUUCAUUUUCCCAGAUUUCUAGUUUAUUAAUGAUUUGCCAAAAGCCAUACCUUAAUGAUAGAUAACUUUUUAAAUUCUGAAGAGAUAUACCAACGCCAAACUAAACAUGUUCUGUUUUCAAACUAACAAACAUGUUACUAUUCAUUAGACAGUUAUCAUUUCAUGUAUAAAUACUGUUCACAUCACUGGGAAAAGGUAAACUUUAAAUAUAGUGCCACAAGGUCACUUAAUUCCUAGCAGGUAAAAUUAUAAGGAUAUAAAUUCCAAUAAUAAACCAAAUGUAUUUAGAGUAUUUAUUAGUAAAUGCAAGGUGAUGUUAGUUUUGAUCAGUUAUACUCCAGAUACAUAAUUUGUUUUAUAAAGAUAGUGAACAAAUGAAAAUUUGCUAUUUAUUAAAAAAAAUUAAAUUUUAUUUCAAAUGAGAUAAGUUACAUUACUAUAAUGGCGAAGCAUCAUCUGAUUUGAUAUUCCCUAAAAAUCAUUUGGAAUACAUGCUAUCUAUAGUUUCAGUGAUAUUACCCAUAUUUACUUUACCAAAUAUAUUUCUCCUCACUGCAUAAGAACUACCCUUCUCAUAUUUUCUUCUUUGAUGAAGAUAUUUUUCACCAAAGUUUAUUUUCUGAUACCCUAUUAUUUUGAUACUUUAAAAUCUGCACCACCUGUUCUGUAUGAAUUAUCAAUAUUAUUUGGUAAAGUCAAUUUGUAUUUGUUUUGUUAAAGUCAAAAAUCUCAGUUUUUCAAAAAAACCUAGUUGCUGCUCAGUCUAGUCUUGAAAAUGAGCAGUAAAAUUCUCUUGCAUUUCAUUCUUGAUAAACAUGUGACAGACUAAUUUGUACUCAGUAAAAUAAAAAUGUAUGGUCAAAAUUUCUAACUUGUUUCAUCACAUUAUAAAAUAAAUAAACUAAAUUAAUGAAAAUGUGACUUAGGUUAGGAGUAGCCCUCAAAAAUAGAUUCAUCUUUCACUCAUGGGAAUUUUCUUCAAGUGUUAAAGGUACAUUUUCACUAGGAAAGAAAUCAAAUAUGCUUACGCAAUAUAUAUUUGUGUGUUUUUCCAUAAUGUUAUAUGGUAUAUAUGAGCCUUCUUGUUUAGUUUCUUUCAUCUGCUAAGUUGUACCUUACUUAGAGGGAAAUAUAUGUUUCAUAAGGAAGAGUCUUUAUAAUUUUGUUCGUCAGAUAGUAUUUUGGAAUUUGUAUGAGGAUGUUUAGAAGCCUUAUAAGUGGCUUUUUUUAACAGAUAGAAUUUGUAUUUUUAUUGUACUUUAAAAAGAUUUAUGUAAUGGGUAUAUAUUUAGUGGCCAUUUAUUAUCAAUGGUAACACAAUAGAGUACUAAGAUGGUAUUUGCACACUUAAGAUAUGUUACUUUACCAAUUUUUAAUGGUAAUCAACUCUGCUACUGGCAUGAUUAAAUAGUACAUAAUCGGUCAUUAUUUCUCCAGUGCGUUUUUAUGAAGAUCUGGUUGAAAAUUGUAUUUCUAUGUAAACUCAAUGAUAUGUUUGGUUUUCCUGAAAAUAAAUGAUUUUAGAUAAAUUAAA